AUGGAGUCCAACCGCAAGCGCAAAGGGUUCAUGAAGGGCAAGCUGAUGUCUUUCCAUCGAACAUCAUCAAAGCCUUCCUCAAAUGUACAGUAUAGCAGCAAAAUUAAGCCAAGCCAGACUUCUCCAACAACUGCUUCGGUGGGUUAUGUUGUCCAUCAGGAUUUUAUGAUUGCCCCACAAAAGCAAACGCAGGUCCUCUCGUUUAUAGUUCCUGCUGCAGACAGCCGGCGCGACAAGUUAAGCCAAUUUGAUAAGUUCUUCGGCGUUGUUGGUGAUGUAAGUGUAGAUACCAAGGCUUCUAGCUACAUCACUUCCGUUCGAGAACGUUUCCAGCUUGAACGACAGGUUGAAGACAGCAAGGGUCUCGUGUAUGCAUAUUUGGAGCAAUUAAAGGCCUCUUUCACAAUUGUGAGGAACGUGUUGGGGUUUACUUUUUUUAGCAUACCAAUAACCCCUACUAUGUCUUUAGUGAGCAAGUUUUACUCGUAA